GCCUCUAUUAACUUGAUUUUUUACAUUUCAGUGACAUGGCAGGAUCUGACGAAAGUAAUGAUAUGAUCAUGAAUCAUCCAGAUAUUGAGACAAUUGAAAUAAAGAGGGAAGUAAAGAAACUCUCACAAGUGAAAUCCAAAAAAAAAGCUGAAGACGGUAUGACGAAAGAAGAAAAACUCCGUGAGAAAGAAUUUCAUCGUCUGCUCAAACUGGAAGAAAAAAGAAUAGCUGAUGAAAACCGAAAAAGAAAAGCCGAAGAAAAAAGAUUAGCUGAAGAAGAACGAAAAAGAAUAAAGGAGGAGAAACAAAAAGCCAAACAAGAACUUCUGGAGAAGAUGGAAAUGUUGAAACAGAAAAGAAUGGAAGAAAAAGCCAUUGCCGAAGAAGAACGAUUGAAAAUAAUAGAAGAGAAAAGAAUUGCUAGAGAAGAAUAUCAAGCCAAAGCCAAUGAAAGGCUUCAAAUGAAAUUGGAAGCUAAGAAAAUUGCUGAGGAAAAAGCACUAGAGAAAAGAAAAAAGAAGGCUUUGAAGGGUAUGACUUACCUGCUGAGCAUCAGUGAGAAAUACUCGGAUUUCUUCAAAGAAAAGAUCGUUGUUGAUCCUAAAAAAACUACCAUAAAACCUCUACAAGAGAGAAACAAACUUCAGCCUACUGUCAAUGAUAUGAUGGAAGCUGUUGAUAUUGACAACCAAAAAGAUAGUGACAAACAAAAAUAUAGUGGGGAGGGUUUGGCAGAUGUAAUAAAAAAGCCAAGAUUUUUCGAGGGAGGUACUUUGCGUCAGUAUCAAAUAGAUGGAGUACAGUGGAUGAAAGUUCUGUUCGAUAACGGUGUCAAUGGAAUACUCGCCGAUGAAAUGGGUUUAGGGAAAACCAUACAAGUAAUAGCAUUAAUCUGCCAUUUAUUAGAGAGAAACAUCAAAGGACCGUUUCUCAUUGUGGUUCCGCUUUCUACACUUCCAAAUUGGGAAGCCGAGUUUGCCAAAUUCGCACCGAAAAUUCCCGUUGUCGUGUUUCAUGGAUCAAAAACUGAACGUUUUUCAACCUAUAAUAAGUUGAAGAAGGAAUACUACAUUGAUAAUUUCAGAACUCAACCUGUGGUGCUGACAUCCUAUCAAGUACCGCUCAUGGAAUCAAAAUUCAUGAGUUAUUUUGAAUGGCAGUAUAUUAUCAUAGACGAAGGGCAUAGGGUGAAAAAUCAUGAGUCUAAACUUUCAAGAAUUCUGAGAUCUUUCACAUCUGGGAAUAGACUUUUACUAACUGGUACUCCUCUGCAGAAUAAUAUCUCCGAGCUCUGGGCUUUGUUAAAUUUUCUGAUGCCUCAUAUAUUUAAAGACAUGGACACAUUUGCUUCAUUAAUAAUGUUGGAAGACGUUCAGGAUGAGAAUAAACUUUUAGAACAAGAAGAGAAAAACAAUAUCAUUUCAACGUUACACAGAGUACUCAAACCAUUUAUGCUGAGACGGUUGAAAAAAGACGUGCUGCCAGAUAUGGUGCCUAAGAAAGAAUUGAAUGUUUUCUGUCCUAUGUCAAAACUGCAGAAAGAUAUGUAUUCUUUCGUGAUUGAGCGUAAUAUAGCUAAAUUGCAAGGUAAAGAUGAUGAAGAAGAACAAGUGGACAAUAUACUGGACCAACCAAGGAAGAAACGGAAGUGUUCUCAAAAGGUUAAUUUCACGUAUGAAGUGCCUACUGAAAACGAUGACAUUUUAGAUUAUGACGAGGAAUUGAUCCAGAAGGAAGAGAAACUGAUUGGCUCAACAAUUGACAGAAGUCGUGCCCCCUUCAUUAGCAGGCUGACGAUGCAAAAUACCAUGAUGAUGUUCAGGAAGAUAGUCGAUCAUCCUUACUUGGUACAUUUUCCGUUAGAUCCAAAAUCCAAGAAGAAGGAACUGCUGGUUGAUGAAGAUUUGGUAUUACAAAGUGGUAAGAUGAUAGUAUUGGAUGAAAUGCUGGCAAAGUUGAAGAAGAAAGGACACAAGGUACUAAUUUUCAGCACACUGGUAAUGACCUUGGAUCUGAUAGAAGACUAUAUGUUGAUGCGUGGUCACACUUACUGCAGGCUGGACGGUGGUCACUCAUUGGAAAAACGAAGUGAGUGCAUAUCUGAAUUCAAUGAUGACCCGAAAGUGUUUGCUUUUCUUAUAUCUACAAGAGCAGGGGGUCUCGGUUUGAAUUUAGUUGGUGCAGAUACUGUUAUAUUUUUCGACAGAGACUGGAAUCCACAAGUGGAUAUUCAAGCUCAAGACCGUUGUCACCGAAUAGGACAAACAAAACCUGUUAUGGUUUAUACUCUCAUAACCAGAAAUACUGUCGAUGAACAAGUUAUAACGUUGGGGUAUCAGAAAAGACUUCUGGAAAAACUGGUGAUCAAAGACGGAAAAUUCAGGAAGUUGAAAGCAGACGACAAGAACAAAGCUGAGAGCGAACUUAAAGAACUUCAGCAGCUCUUGAAAAACGAAAGUGAUACAUUUGAGGGAUUGGGUUACUCAAACGUAGAACUAGAUAAGCUACUCGACAGAUCUGAGCUGUACGAGAUGAUGAAGUCGAAAAAAUCUAGCUAGAUAGGAUCAGGCUUUUGUCCUUUUGAAUCUCAGGAACUUGUUCAGUGUUACCAUUUUUAUAAGUAUACUUUAAGAUUUUAUUUUUGAUCAAUGUAUGUGAAUGUGACCUGUUGCAGUAUUGUGAAAAUUACUUUUUUUUGAAGUUUUAGAAACUGUAUUGUGAAAAAUUGACAUUCCGAAAGUUUUAGAGAAAGUUGGUCUAUGCUAUGAAAACAGUCUUGGUUAUUUGAGAAUGGCUUUCGUGAACAUGGGGAUGAAGAAAUGAGUGGAUAAAUUCGUAGGUUUUGGUACAUUUUUUUACAAAUCUAAUUAUUUACAAACUCAAUUACUUAUACAUUUAUAACUUACACAGUGAAAUAAUCAUAACUUCAUCAAAGCUAUUCGCAGUCCGUCAGCCAUGUAACGUUGCAGAAUCAUCCCAACUUCAUUUAGCUCAAUUGCCUCAACCUUUCCAUUGUGAGAGGCUCACUACCACUGUGCCGAAAUUUUAAGCACAUAUUCUCAAUGCCAAGAGUCAAGAUUGACAUCCUGAUAUCUGUAAUAGUGUUGGGCUUUCAAGCAUUCUUAGCUGAACAUUACUCUGCUCAGGAUUUUCUUUACGAAAACGUUUGUUGAGACUACAGUAGGCGAGAAUUCAUAUUUUCGCCCGCCGUGGGCCACAUUUGCAUGUGGCUAUUCCACAGCACCUGCAUGUCCGUUCGAUGUAUUCGUAAGUUGAUGUGGCAUUGAGGACCAAUGGAGUCUUGCCAGAACUCCCUGUGGAA